GCCAAAUAUUCUCUCACAAGCAACAACCAGUACGCUAACGUGAUACGCGUCUUCGACAUGUUCUACCUCGAUCGAGAUGAACUCUAUGAGAUGAUGGAGCAUUAUGCUGGAGGAGAUCUAUUCUCCCUGGUGCAAACAGCUAGGUAUUUAAAGAUUCAACAAUCAAACUGCUUUAUAAACAACUCAUGCGUGGCGUGAAGUACUUGCACGAGGCCAAAGUGGCACAUUGCGAUCUGAACCCCGAGAACUUGCUGUUCACCCCGCCAGGAGACCUCAACACCACUGACUUCGGCUUUGCCAGUAUUUGGUCCAAUCAGGAGGCCGCAGAAUCAAGUUACUGUCAGGAAUUCGUGGGUCUCCACCGUAUAUCGCGCCAGAGGAGUACACUAAUAGCGUAUAUAGUAGGCGAGAUAUAUCAAAGAUCGUCGAGUAGAGAGUGGUUAUAGGCUAAUACAGCCAUCAAAACCAGUAAUUACGAGCCUACACAAACUGAAUCCAAUUAUUGCCACUUGAUCUUAUAACCCAGAUCCAGAGCCGCGACGUCGUACACUGUAUGCGCGAUCCUGUUCCUUCCUGGAGGUUUACAGCCUCAAGGCGCACGUCUGACGCCCCCUGAUGUACCAUCGGAGCCAGAAGGGCUCAGUAUUGAGGUUUGCAAAUAUUGCUGUGGCGAGGUCAACAGCGUGGUUGAUAUAUCACGAAACUUCGAUCGUUCAGUUGACUGAUAUUGGAAAACCCUUUC